AUGACAGUCGCUGUAGGUAACCCAUCCCCGGCUAUGACAGGGAGACCUGUUGGUGUCACUGCUAAGGUCAAGGUCGUGCGAUGCACCAUCAGAAUUGCAGCUGUAUCGGCGCCUUCUUCAUUUCAGUAUCGCUCGCGCUGUCCUUUGGCCCAACAGCAUCCCUCGGGUCGUCCUGCAGCUUCACCCGUGUAUGAACAAGGCGUACGGCCUGCAACCGAAAAACGUGUAAUUAGCAGCCCUGUUCCCACCCGACUGCUGGCGCGGUAUAUCGGAUUCCUUAUGUCGAAACUCGGCUACUUCACCCGUGGUAUAUUUUUGGCUCUGCUCUUGCGCUCGCCGGAGCCACGCUGUUGUACAGUCAAGCUGGACACCCCCACCUCGGCAAUCUACGGGUAUAAUGCCCUCAUCGGCAUCGGAGGGGGCAGCUACUUCAUGAGCUCUUUCGGCGUUGCACCCGCGGUGGUUGCUCCGAGUGAGAUCUUUGAUGCGAUUGGCGUUCUCAGUGUGGGCCAGGGUCUGGCAAUCUUUUCAUUUCCAUAUGGUGGGAAGUAUCAGCUCCUACCUGUCGGAGACUGGGAGUGCUCUUCAGACCACCUGACGACCGAGCAACAGGCUCAGGUUGCUCAUGCUAUUGUCAAGGCUUUGGAUAUGGUCUAUCUUCCUGCCAUUGCGGGCUCCGCGCUGAGUUUCCUGGCUUCGUUGUUUCUCGGGAAAGGUGCAGUAAACUGGUUCUAG